AUGGAAAUAAGCGAUUCCCAAUUAGAAAUGGCAUUAAAAGACAAAAGAUAUUUACAAAGACAAUUAAAAUGUACAUUGGCUUUGGCACCUUUGGUCGUUCGUGGAUCUUGUCCACAAUGCACACCAACAGAAAUGAGACAAAUACAAAAAGUUCUCCUUCACAUGCAACGUAAUUUUCCAAAGGAAUGGGCAAAAAUCGUACGAACCUAUCAAUAA